AUGAUACUAUUUUCAUUAAAAAAGCUGAAAAAAGAAAUAACAAAAGUUAUCUAUAAUAACAAAAGAAAAGAUAAAUUACAAUUUAGAAUAGCUAAAGGUGAUUAUUUUUCAAUGUAUAAAAUAGGAUAUUCACAUAUAUGCAAAAAUAGUUCAAGUUAUUUAUUUUUUAACAAUGUGCAAACAAAUAAAAAUGGUAUUUAUAAAAUAAGUAAUUGUUUUAUUAAUACUUUUACUUCUCAAAGAUUUGUUGUAAAAAAUAAUGAUUUCAACAAUGGAUCUAUUUAUUUCAAUAUAAAUAACUCACUAUUUUUUUUAAAAAAUUUUGCAUUAAUAAUAGAUUUUUAUUUAGAUAAAAAAGUGUUUCAAUUUGGUAAUAUACCUAAUUUUGAUAUAAUAUCAUUUUAUCAAAAAAUAAUUCAAAAGAUGCUUAAAAGAAAAAAAAGAAACACACAUAAAAACAAUGAAAAAAUUUUCUAUAUUACUUAUAGCAAUAAUCUGAAGAAAAAUUUAAUAGGCAAUAUAAUUUAUAAUUUAAAUAAAAAAAAUUUUGAUGAGAUUUCUUAUAUUACUAUUAAAAUUUUAUAUGAAUAUUUACCAAAAAAUGUUUCCGUACUUUAUAACAACCCAUAUUAUUACGAAGAUUUAAUUUAUAUUUUUACUUACAAAAGUAUAUAUUAUUCAUUUUUUUUUUCUUCAAAAAAUUUUUAUUAUCUAAAUUUGUUUUUAAAUAUAGCUUUAAGAAGAACAAAAGUUAUUUCUGUAAUAAAUGAUAAUAAAAUAAAUAAAGGAAUUAAACUGAAAUCAAUUUUUAAUAAUUUCUACAGUGAGGUAGACUGUGAAAAUCGGUUUAAAUUUCAAAAUUUUAUUAAUACUCCAAAAAAUAAUUAUAAAGAAGAUAAUAAAAAUGAUAUUCAUAAUGAAAUAAGUUAUUUCUUAUUAAAAAAUAAAAUAAUUUACUUAAACCUAGACUCAAAAAUUCUUUUUGAAUUUUCUAAAACAUUAAAAACAAUUAUUAGUAUUUUUUCAUUUAAAAACAUAAAUAAAACAAAUAAGGAAGAUAAAAUAAUAAAUGACAUAUAUGUGAUUUUAGAAAAAUAUAUAGAAUUGUUCAAGCUUUAUAGUUACAAUAUCUUUUUGAAUAGUAUUUGUAAUAGUAACGGAUCUCUUCGUUAUAGAUUACUAAAGAAUAAUAUACAAGAUGAUGAUAUCUACAAAAAAAACAAUAUAUGUCUAAAUGAUUUUUAUAAUUGUAUAUAUAAUUUUAAUAAUUAUUUUUGCCGCAGAAUUCUUAUGGGAUUAUAUUUUAAUAGUAAUGAAAACAGAAAUGAUGAAAUAAAAUGGGUAAACGCUAAUCCUUUUAUAUUUUCAACCUUUUUAUACAUAAAAGAAAAUGAUAAUUUUUCUUCUAUAAAAAAAGAAAAAUUAGCAAUUUUUAAUUCAUAUAAAAAUAAAAAAAUAGAAUUAUACUAUAAAGAUUUAAUUAAACUUUUUCUUUUUAUAAUUUUAAAUAAAUCAAAUAUGUAUUUAAAUAAUAUUCUUAUAUAUUGCAUAAUAUCUUCUUUUAAUUUUUUAACAAUGUUUUCUGGAAUUAAUCUUAACAUUAUUUUAGAUAUUACAAAUAUUCUUUUUAAAUAUGUUUAUAAUAAAAAUAGUAGAUUAAUUAACAUUGAAUAUUUGCAAAAUCCUUAUAUACAAAAUUUAUCAAAAAAAAUAAUAUAUAAUAAUAUAAUUACAUUUGAAACAGAAAAAUGUUACUUUAAAGUAAGCCAUGAAAAAUUAAUUGAUUACAUAAAUACCUUGUAUUUUUUAAGUGAAUUUCAACUUAUUAAAGAUAAUUUAUUCCUAUUAAUAUUGAAUCAAAAUAGAACAGAAAUUAUUCAUAAAAACAGUCAAAUAAUACCAUCAUAUAAAGAUGCUCUUAAUGAAGAAUUAUAUUAUGAAUAUAAUUAUAAAAAUAAUAACUUUAAAUUUAAAAAAUAUAGUAAGAAGAUGUGUGAAAAUUUUAUGAAUAAUUGUCUUCAAGAGAAAAAUAAUCUUGAAUAUAUGGAUAAUAAUAAAAGUAUUACGAAGUUAACAAAUAUUAUAAAACAUGAGAAACUGCCAUAUGAACUUUUUCUUAAAAAAUUUAUUAAAAAUACAUUUAUAUCUUAUAAUCAUAUUGAUAAUUUUACAUAUAAGAAUUUUAUUGAUAUUUCUCAAAUAAUCAAAAAAUUAUCCCAUCCAUAUUUAUAUUUGUUUACAUUAAUUUUUAUUGAAUUUGUAAAAUACAAAUUAAUCAAAGAUAUAAGCAACAUAUGUUUUAAUUUUCAGAUAAAUUAUUUAAAUAGUUUUAAAUAUAAUCUAUUUGAUCUUUGUAAAUGUAAUGCAAGAAAUAUAAAAAUAUUAAAUUUAUUUAUUAAAAAAGAGAGGAAUAUCAAAGAGAGACCAAAAUUUAAUGAAUUACAACAUUUUUCUUGUAAUAAAUACAAAAGUUCCAAUGAUGUAUGUUCACAUUUUUCCUUUAUAUGCAUAUUUUUGCAAAAUGUUAAAUCAUAUAUGCGUGUUUCUUCAUUAAACUUUUUCAGCUUUAUCAUAUCUAACUUUUUUGUAAAUAAAAAAAAAAUAAUCAAUUUAUGUAUCUAUAAGAUAGAAGAAACAAAAAAAAAAAACCAAAUUUAUACACAGUUAUUUUUAAAAAAUACAGUGCAAUUAAUUUAUAGUUUCUUUUAUUUUAACACAUAUAAUCAAAAUAUUUAUCAUUAUUUUUAUCUUUUUCUAAAAUUACAAUUUUUUAAAAAUAUAAAAGAUAAUGAAGAAUUCUUUAAUAAUUCUAAAAAAUUUACAAAUAUGCAUAUAAAUAAAAAAAUUUUUUUAUUUCCUCAUAUAUUUUUUAGUAAUUGGAACAUUUUUAUUAAUAUUGCUUUACCUUCUAAUAAAAAUGAGAGAAUUAUCAGCAAAGAAGAUUAUAAUAGAAUCUACAAUUUUAGAAAAAAAAAAAUUGAAGAAUUCAAAAAAAAAGAAAACAUAAAUAUAUUUGAAAAAAAUGAAUAUUUAAACAAUGAAAAAAUAGGAAUGCUUUUUUAUAUGCAAUUUUCUUAUUUAUUGCUUCCAUGUCUAUUUCUUAAAAUAUUUGAAAAUCAUUUUAAAUCAUAUAUUUUAAUUACUACAUAUUUGCUUCAUCUUUUAAUUAGCUGCGAUUUUUACAUAAACUCUCUAAUUUUAUACAAGCAAUUGUAUAUAGGUUUUACAUGCCUAUAUUUUUUUUGUGAUAAUGUAAAACAAAAAAUAUACGAAAAUGAAGAACUUAAUUUUCAUUUUUUUCAGAAAAUAAAUAUAAUUUAUCUCAAAAAAAUAGUGGAUCUAUUAUCAUAUGAACACAAUGAUAAGGACGUAUGUAAAUCUUACAAGAGAUCUUCCAUAUUAGAAGACGAAAUAUAUUACUUUUUAAAAAAGCUCCCCUUAAGUUUAAGAAGGAAUGUAAAAAUUCAUGCUUAUUUGAUAGACUUUGUUUUAUAUAAUGUUUAA